AUGGAAACGUUGGAAAUCCACUCGAAGGACUUUUUAGUCAAGUGGGUACAUGCGCCAGAAGGAAGUAUAAUAGGCUGGCAAGUCAAACCUUUGAAAAAAUCAAUUAAUUUUGCAAUUUAUGGUAAAAGCGAGGAUGAUCUGUCAGGCCAAAGAAGCGCUACGGAAGAGUUUCAGCAAGGAUACUCUGCUUCACAAAAGGAAGAGAAUAAGUCGGCUUCUAGCAACAGGCCUUCCGGGGCAUUAAGGCUUCGUUCUGACUCUGUGAACUCUGUCAAUGAGUUUUCAACUUCAGCAGGAUAUAAGACAAAAUCCAGAUCAUCAAUGUUCUCCUCUAACUUAAACAAUUCUGACUUGACGUUGAUUAAAGAUUACGAUAAGCUAGUAUCAGGUGAGCUUGUAUAUGGCAAGUAUGAAGUUCAAAAAGGUGGCAUGUUUGCAUUUAUUUUUGACAAUUCAUUUUCCAAAACAACCGGUAAGAAGGUCCUCUUUAGCACAAAAAUCAUUAAUUUGAAAUCAGAUACCAGUUCCAAUUCUACAAUUGGACGUCGGUCUGCAAAAGUGACUUUUCCUUCCCUUCCCUCCUCUGCAACAUCUAUAAAUGUUUCUAAUAACACUGCCAUGGGUGGGGAUCCCAAGCAACAAUUUGACAAAAAUACAAACAUAUUAAGGCCCAAGAACGGUGAGUUGCUUCAAGGCAUCUUAUUCAAAAAGAGAAGAAAGAAGCUUCAGGGUUUCACUAAGCGCUAUUUCAUUCUCAGCUUUAAGUAUGGCACGCUUUCUUAUUUCAGAAAUAACGAUAAUAAGCUAAGGGGUCAAAUGCCGAUUAAACAGUCCAUUGUGAGUGCUAAUGCUCAGAAAAGAGAACUUAUUAUAGAUUCUGGAAUGGAGGUCUGGGAUUUGAAGGCAUUAAAUGUUGCAGAUUUUAAUACUUGGGUUGAUGCAUUCAAUCAAGUCAAGAGAGCUAAAGACUCCAUAGUGGAUCAAACUGUCGAGGAAACUGUCGAGGAUUUAUCUUAUCUCUGUUCUGAGCUAGAGCUUAUUUCAUCUAAGGUGGCAAAGUUGAGAUCUCAAAGUUCUCUGAAAUUAAGCGGCAAUUUCGAUGAAAUAUCUUCAGAUUUAAAGAGGGUCUUAGAUCAUUUCAAGCCACAGAGUAUUGCCAAUGACACUAUGUCUGUUUUUUCGCAUGAUUAUUUUGAUGCCAAAGAAUACAUAGAAGCAAUGAACUCAGGGGUUGUCUUAUUAGACCAGCAAAGUGACAACUUAGGUAAUGUAGAUGAAAUAAUGAAUAGUACUGCCCGCUUCCUUUCAGAUGAAAGCUUCAAGAAACCAGAAGAUGGCGAUCAAUUCGAUGUCGUAUCGUCAUCAUCUAGUUCGUCUUCUGAACAAGACAGCGUGCCAAGUGUUACAACUGAUACGGAAAUAUCUAGAGUGCUCUCUUCUACCGAUGACAUGGAUGACACAUUGUACCCAUUACCACAUGAGAAGGUCGAUAGAAACUGCGACAUACCUUUGUGUACCCAUACGCCUCCUAGCUUGCUAGGAAUAGUUCGGAAAAGUGUUGGAACAGAUCUUUCAUCCAUAGCCAUGCCUGUGAGUAUGAACGAGCCGAUCUCAGCUCUUCAAAAGUUCAGUGAACUUGUAGAAUAUUCUGAUUUGAUUAAUAAUUCGCUACAAUCAAAUUUUAAUGAUAAUGGAGAGAAAAUCUUAAGGAUUGCUACUUUUGCAGUUAGUUACUUAUCAAGCCUCAGAGUCAAAGAGAGGAAUAUCAGGAAACCUUUCAAUCCUUUGUUAGGCGAAACUUUUGAGUUAGUCAGAGAAGAUCUCGGCUUUCGUUUUAUAAGUGAAAAAGUCUGCCACCGGCCACCGGUAUUCGCCAUGUUUGUUGAAAGUGAAAAAUGGCUGCUUUCUUACAGUCCUUCUCCAGGACAGAAGUUCUGGGGUAAGAAUAUGGAGAUCACAACAGGUGGUGUUGUGAAAUUGACUAUAAAUUCAACUGGUGAAGUUUUUACCUGGUCUCAACCUACGACUUUGUUGAAGAACAUAAUCGCCGGUGAAAAAUACUGUGAGCCAGCUUCGUCAGUGACUGUAAAGUCAACUACAGGCUAUAAGGCAGUCAUAGAAUUUGCGAAAGGGAGUAUGUUUAGUGGAAGGUCUGAGGAUCUAACUAUUAAAUCGUAUGAUCCUCUGAAGGAGGAAAUGCCUUAUACAGUCACAGGAAAAUGGACCGAGUCGUUGACUUUAAAAACAAAAACAACGGAGAAAUUGAUAUGGGAAGUUGGGAAUUUGUUACCAGAUGUGAAUAAGAAGUACGGAUUUACUUGUUUCACUGGAUCAUUAAACAAAAUCACUCCAAUUGAGAAAGAUAGCAUGGCUCCCACGGAUUCAAGAUUGAGACCAGAUAUGCAACUUUAUGAGAAGGGCGAUCUUGAAGGAGCCGAGAAAAAAAAAAUAGAGCUAGAAGAAAUGCAGAGAGAGAGAAGAAAAAAAAUGGAGGCUAAUUCUACGGAAUAUAAACCCCUAUUCUUCAAGCAUGUUGGUGGAAAUUCUGCAGACUCCGGUGAGUGGAUUUAUAUAAGAGGUGAAAAAAGUUAUUGGAAUAGAAGAAAGAUGAAUGAUUGGUCUGAUUUGCCCAAGUUGUGGUAA